AUGUCUGGACUUGGUGAAACGCAAAACAUUCCGCUUGGCAAGGCUUCAGAGGCUAUUCCUGGGGAAGGAAAAAACAGCCAAGCAGCAGCAACACAAGCCUCAGUACCGAGAACCAUGCCCGAUGCAUCAGAGGAGAACGAGGGCGAGAUGGUUCCGGCAGCAGGCCGUAUUAACGAGAAAGGGGAAGUGAUCGACGAUGACGGGAACCCCGUUGGUAAAGUAAUCGAAGGCGACCCGCACAAAUUUGCCGGCUUCAUUGUUACGCAAGAGGGCGAUGUGCUAAGCGAGGACGGCGGCAUAGUUGGUAGAGCUGAGCCUUUGGGUGACGUCCCGUCCGAGUUUAAUUACACUACCAAACCUACAAAGGAUACCGUUACUCACGAAGAACAACUAAGUCAAGCUGACGGUGACGGCGGUGCCCUCCCUAUCGCUACCGGGAGCCUGGGUCAAGCUACAAAGAAUGUUACCGAAACUAUCGGCGACACAGAAAAGGGGACUGCAGAUACUGCUGGGAAGAUGACUAGAGCCAAAGAAGCCACGGAUAUUGCCGGUAAUACGUCAAAGGAUGCUACGGGCAUUGUUGGCGGUACGGUUGAAGACACCUCGGGAGCUGUAGGUGAUACCGUAAAAAACGCUGACGCGCCAACUACCGACGACAUCGCUGAGGUUGCUAAGGAAACAGCUCAAGGCGCCACCGAGGGUGUGGAACAGGCUCAAGGAAAGGGAACAGUUGAUGCCGAAGAUGUGGUCUCCAAACUCGGCUCAAAUCUUGACUCAGGCUCCGAGGCUAGUGGUAUAUCCCAGAAAGGGCUUAUCCCUAUUGAUAUCCCGCCGCUUUCACCAUCCGUGGCUAAUAAAGUAAUUGCUUUAUUCGAAGGUCCAUUCACAGUCGCAGACGGCGGCAAGGUUACUGACCAACAUGACAAGAUCAUCGGCAAGUUAGCCGACGGCUCAGAUCUUCAAGACUUAAUCGGCAAGAAUGUCACAGGUAUAGACGAUAAGGGAAACCUCCUAGCUGAUAGUGGUAAUGUUGUUGGGAAAGUUGAUAUCGCGCCCGAGGGCUCGAUUGCCGAGCGUGUUAAGGAGGCAGUUCCUGAGGUUGCCCCUCGCCUUGACGCCUUGAAACAACAGGCUCAACAAGCUGCGCCAAUACAAAUUCCAUCAUUCACUCCGUCUAUCGCUGACAAGGUCAUUGGCAUGUUCGACGGACCCUUUAACAUCGGCGAGAAUGGUCAAGUUACAGAUCAGAAAGGCAAAAUUCUCGGCAAGCUAACGGAGGGUCAAGAAGUCGAGAACUUAAUCGGUAAAGAUAUCAAAGGAGUCGACGGCAAGGGAAACCUGCUUGGCGAUAAUGAAACCAUUCUUGGGAAAAUUGACUUUGUUCCCGAGGGGUCGAUAAUAGAACGCAUAAAGGAAAAAGUCCCCGAGGCAGCAGACCGGCUUGAGGCGCUCGAAGCUGCCAAGCUGCAGGCUGAGGAACAGGUCGAACUACCUGAUAUCAGCAUCCUUGAAGGCAUGACGAUCAAUAAAGCCGGCAACGUUGUAGAUGAUAAUGGCAAUCCAAUCGGUAAAGUCAAAAGCGGAAACAUCAGCAAGCUGAUCGGAAAGACGCCCGAUAAGACUGGGAAGGUUUGGGACAACCAAGGCAACGUUAUCGGCGAGGUUGAAGUUCUCCCCGAAAAGGUGCACAAUCAAGCUGCGCCAUUCGAAGAUUUCCCAGACGCCACUGUCGAUAAAUUUGGCAAGGUAAUUUUUGAUGGUCGCCAAGUGGGUGUGGUUAUUGGUGAUGAUUUCCAAAGAUUAAUUGGGAAGAAGGUGGAUGCUGACGGCGACAUCCUUGACAAGAAUGGCAAUGUCGUCGGCCAGGCCCAGCGCGUCGAAGCCGAGGAACCUGUAGAACUUGAGGAGGAACCCGUCGACUACUCAAUGCUCCGCGAUAAGAAGGUUAACAAGCUAGGUAACGUCGUAGAUGACAAAGGUCAGAUUUGGGGUCAUGUCGUUCAGGGUAUUAUUAAGCACCUCGUCGGUAAGAAGGUCGGUGAUAACGGAGAGAUCUUCAACGAUGCUGGGCAAGUUGUCGGUAAGGCCGAACCUAUCCCUGACAGCGAACGCGAGGAAGUAAAGGAGCCUACGCCCUUUGAGGAUUAUCCCGAUGCUAUCGUUGGUGAUCAAGGCCGAAUUAUGUCCAACGGCGAGCAAGUUGGAAUUCUGGUUGAAGGUGAUCCCAAGAAACUUAAGGGAAAACCUGUAGAUGCCGAUGGUGAUAUCCUAGACAAGGCAGGAAAUCAUCUGGGCCAUGCGGAACGAUGGGAACAAGAAGAACCCGAGCCGGAACCAGAAGUUGAUACGUCUGCCUUAGCUGGUAAGCGCGUCAAUAAAGCCGGUAAUGCUGUCGACAAUCACGGCGAUAUUUACGGUCGUGUAAUUGAGGGUGACCUCAAACGUUUAAUUGGGAGGAUGUGCGAUAAGAACGGCUUCAUCCGCAACGAGGGAGGCGAUAUCAUCGGGAAGUGUGAACUAAUCCCCGAAGCCGAACGUGAGGGUAUGAAAGAGGGCCCUUUUACCGAGCUCCCCGGCUGUACUGUCAACAAGGAAGGCAAGAUUGUGACAUCUGGUGGCGACGUUGUUGGCCGACUCGUCUCUGGUGAACCUAGAAUUCUCUUCGGACGCACGGUUGAUGAUGACGGCGAUAUCUGCGACAAGAACGGAAACGUAUUAGGCCACGCUGAGCGUUGGGAAGAAGAGCCAAUCCCCAAAGACAUCAACCCUAUGUCAGGUCGGAGGGUUAACCGCGAGGGCAACAUCGUCGAUGAGAAUGGUGACCUUAUGGGCAAACUUACUUCUGGCCUGUUGAGCGAGUGCGCAGGUAAGAAGAUCGACGACGAUGGCGAUGUUAUCGACAGCAAAGGAAAAGUUCUAGGUCACUGUUCGUUGCUCGCCGAACUCCCCGAAGAAACGGAAGAGGAAAUACAAGCCCGCUUGCAGUUAGAGCAAGACCAAAAGAUUGCUGGUAAAAUUUCCUUCUGCAUCGAGCAGUCGAUAGACAAGAUAAAGCCCAUUUGCAAAAUGAUUGUUGAUAGAAUCGACGCCGAAGAGCGCAAACCCGAAGAUGAACGUGACGAAGAAGAGCUGGUCAAACAAGUCCGCCCCCUGAUCGAAGAAGGCGGCAAGAUCCUAACCGAAGCCAACGGAGUGAUCCGGGGGCUCGAUCCUGACGGCCGUAUUUCGGCUAAUGCUAAACAUAAGACGGCCGCGCGUGAGGCAACCCCUGAAGAGUACCGACUUGCGGAUCUGUUGAAGGAGCUCACGGGCACCGUGACCGAAACCAUUGAAGGUGCCAAGCGCAAGCUAGAGAACCUUCCACACGCCAAGAAAGCAAUCAACCCACUCUGGGGACUCCUAUCUGAGCCACUCUUCCAGAUUAUUGCGGCCGUCGGCCUUCUUCUUAGUGGUGUCUUGGGACUCGUAGGCAAGCUACUCAACGGACUUGGACUAGGCGGUCUGGUUAAUAAUUUACUUGGGGGACUUGGUCUUACUAAAGUAUUGGAUGGCCUCGGGUUGGGCUCAGUGUUGGCUCCCAUUACCGGGAGCAAGAAAAGAUAG